AGCAAACACCACCCCACGACGGUACAGAUGUCUAUCUCGUGACCUAGCUAAAAGAAACGAAUGCAUGACAAAGGUCGCCCUGGCAUCCCAAAAGCAGGGAAAUGCGGUCACAAGCCAAUACAUAAAAAGUGCCUCGCCAAAUGUAACGCUCCCUCCCCGAAAACUACGAGCGAUCUCCUUCUUUCUUUACGUCGUCAUCUUUCGAUAUCAUCUGCUUUAAACAUCCCUUUCGUUUGAGCAAACCCUUCGAUGCUUUGCACUGACUAUCAUGUUUUCGAUAACCCCCUUGUGCAAUCCGACUUGCAAGUAUUUUCGAUCGACCUCUCGUUGCCACACUCGCCGGAGACAGAGCCAGACGGCUAUGCGCCAUUAGAAAUGUCAACGUUGCCAUCGGCUGUAACGGAUUAUAUGGCCGAAACUGUCUGCGACAUGAUCCCCAUUGUUAAGCCUGCGACUUGCUCUUCGCCAUUGCCCGAACUCGUUUAUUUCAUUCAUAAAAUGUCAGUUCGUUCCCAUAUGGAUUGGCAGGUAGCUAUCAUUGCUCUCAUCUAUCUUCAUCGGUGUAAGCGGGCUUUACCCAAGGGCGCCGUUGGCAAUCCAGAUACUGCCCAUAGAAUGUUUCUGGCCGCUGUUCUGAUUGCAUCCAAGUUCGUUCAAGACGCAAACAUGACAGUCACUCCACGUCUCACGAAUCAAAAACUUUGCAGUCUUUGCGACGGCAUGUAUACUUUGCGUGAUAUUGGUGAUCUAGAGCGAGCGUUUUUGAAGAUUUUAAAGUAUCGUUGCUGGGUGUCGCACGAUGAUAUACAUCGAUUCUUGUACAAACAUAGAGCCGACUUGUUACUUUGAAACCCUUGUUAAUGUUUGUUCCGUUGUUCUUUUUCCGUUUUAUUUCAAGCUGUAAAUAUCUUUUUUGAUUAUUAUUGUACAUAUUAAAGACGUCAAAUGUUUAUACAUAUU